AUGUCGUCAAGCAACCAAGACCAUCGUGAACAGGAAAGACCGCGUAUAUCAGCCCACAACGCCCCUUUUGCCAAGGUCGUCGUUGGUCCUGAAGCACUAUCUUUCACUGUACACCUCGAUCUGCUUAUCCAUCACUCGCCCUUCUUCCGCGCUGCCCUUACAGGGUCCUUCAAAGAAGCCGACGAGAAACUCGUUACCCUCUCCGAUACCGCGAGCAACACUUUCGAGCUGUUUGUCCACUGGCUCUAUUACCAACGACUUCCUAUCGAGACAGACUCGUCCGAGCUACUUGCACUCUAUCGCAACGCUGAGGACGAUGAAGUUCUGUAUGAGAACCUCGUCUCUCUAUACAUCUUCUGUGACAAGUAUUACGUACCCGGGCUGAAGAGGGAGUGCCUCGAUACACUCUUCUAUCAAAUUACCGAGAAUCCCUAUCUAUCCGAAUUCAAUAUUAUCCGGCGCACGUUCAAUAACUUGGAAACAAACCGAGAUCCACUCUGUCGUCUCUUGGUUGACUAUUACUGCUACUGGGCUAGUGAAGACUGUUGGACAUUGAAGGAAGUUCAAGACCUACCUUCGACGUUUGUAGCAAUGGCUAUGGCUCGAUAUACUAACUUCAAGUCUGGAGGCUGCGAUGCUUAUUCACUUGAGUUGUGUGACUACCAUGGCCAUGCAACAAGCAAGGAGAGGAAGGAGUGUGAAAAGAAGAGACAAGACUGA